AUGGUCAGUUAUUUACAAAGAAUCGACAAGGAAAAACGAAAAUGUUGGAAAGAACGUUAUGCGUGCUCGGAUCAUCCGGAAGACGUAUUGAGGAACGACCUAAUCAAUCGGAUUCAUACAAUGUAUCCGGAAUUUAAAUACCUCAGAGAUUUCGAAUGGAAAGUCGAUAACGGCUUUUCUAACAGACAGAAAGGAGAACUAAUUUUCGGAUCCGACUAUGGAAUCUAUUUGAUAAUCGAAACCAAAUACCUGAAUCUGGGAACUGACGAAACUGCUCAAGUUUUUACACAGAAUGACCAGCUUAUUAGUGUCAGAGAACAGGCUAGAAAGUAUAAAGAAAUAGCUGCUAAAAGAUUUUGCGCAGAAGCUGUCAAAAUAAUUGGUGCCACAUUUACAAACGAGGAUAAUCGGAUUCAUUUUCUUGACGGCGAUGAGGAAAUUGCUAAAGAGCCCCUGAAAGCUUCAUUUGAUUGCAAAGUCCCGCAGCCCAUUUUUUGA